UCAGAUACGAGGCGACUUGAAAGGUGCAAAGGAAGAAUCCAAAAGGUCUAUAGGUCUUCUGUUAAAUUAACACACAUUGUAACGUUUUAGACAGUAUCUGUUGGCACGGCAGGUCGAUAAAUUCUUCGGCUGUGGUUGGUUCAGGAAUUGUUUUUCAACAGAAGUACCGCAGGGCGCCAUUGGAGAGGAGAUCAAUAUAGAUCAGCUACAGUUUACUCGGGCUCAGGUAUGGCGGAGCUACUGCGCCUUCUCCUGAACGUGUCGGAGAAGGCUGCCAAUGUGGCUCGCGUGUGCAGACAGGAGGCCCCUCUCUUUGAGCUGCUGGUCCAGGAGAAAAAGGGAGAUGACAAGAACAAGAAAUUCGUCCAGGACUUUAAGACUUUGGCAGAUGUGGUCAUUCAGGAGAUGAUCAGACAUGAUGUCGGAGUUGUGUUUCCAGAGCUGAUGGACUUCAUUCAAGGGGAGGAAUCUAACAAAUUCGAGAAUGGGCUCGGAGAGAGCGUGACUGUCACGGUGUGUGCCAGAGAGCAGGAGACGGCCACCCUGCUGGCCACAGUGCUGGACGGGGACCAGACCGCUGCGGCGCUCCUGGCCAAAGCCAUUCACCAGGACCUUCAGCUCAGGGACGCGGCGGCCGAGGGCCUGCAGCAGAUCCCACUCAGCCCUGCAGACAUGGGCAUCUGGAUAGAUCCCAUCGAUGGCACGAGUCAGUACAUAGAGGGAAAGGAGGAGGUGGUACUGGACGGUGGGUUCGUCUCAUCUGGACUCCCAUGUGCGUUGGUUCUGAUUGGGGUCUACCUGCGAGCUACGGGGGAACCUGUGAUGGGUGUCAUAAACCAACCUUUCCAUCACAGAGAUGAGACCGGGCACGGCUGGAAGGGCCAGCACUUCUGGGGAGUGUCCCACGGAGGCCUCAGCGCCUGUUCUGUGCCCAGGCCCGAGCGCCAGACGUCGGGUAGCGAGGGUGGGGCGUGCCUUUCAGCCGUGCUGAGCUCCAGCGAGAAGCCAGCGGUCAAGGAGGCCCUAGCGCCCCUUUGUCCCGGGAAGAGCCUGAUGUACGCGUCUGGGGCCGGCUACAAGAUCUUGUGUGUCAUCCUCGGCCUGGCAGACGUGUAUGUUCUCUCAGAGGGCUCCACUUACAAAUGGGACUCCUGUGCCCCGCAUGCCCUGCUCCGAGCGCUCGGAGGCGGGGUGGUCGAGCUGAGGACUCGUCCUCCUGGCGGGGACAAAGGCCAGGUGGAAGUGCAACGCAGUGCCGAACUGACCUAUCACAAGCCCAACGCUGGUUCCCGCGGCGCAGACCGGUGGGCCAAUCAAGGAGGACUGGUGGCCUAUCUAGAUCCCAAAGUGCUUUCAAGGGUGUUGGAGGAGCUCACAGGGAAGAUCUGAAGGGUUUUAUGCAUCUAUCCUGUAAGCAGGGAGGAGCCGCUUUAAGGGCAAUGUUUUAAUUCAAUGCCAGUAGGGCAUGUUUUAUUUUUCUAAGUUACUGACUUGUGUGUUGUUCUUUCACUCAAGUGCACAGUGCAAUUUGUUAAUUACGUUAUUGAAAGAUAAUCAUUUAUAAAAAAAAAAUUGCUAUAUUUAUAUGCAACAUGUAGAAAUUUGUGAGGUAUUGCUGGUUGGUUUGUAUGUCCAACUCUUGCCACAGCACUUAAAGUAAAUGUUUAGUGUUCACAUUGCAGAGAUAUUGUUUAUUCCAAAGAGCAUCAAAUAAGUGCUGCAUGCACAAAGAACGUGUAAUUGAGCUAAGACUUAAUUGCUAAUGAAAUAAGCGCCGUUUUAUAUGCAGUAUGUCACUGUUGGUUAUCACUGGUAUUGGAUGCAUCCUUUGUGAUUUGGUCUCAACCAAUAUGGAUUACGUGUGAUGUGUGUUGGAAACACCUAAACACAAGUAACAAUAGGUCAAUACAAACCAUAGUGCGUAAGGUUAGAGGAAACUCAAGCUCUAAAUGUACUGGUAACAUUAAAUAUAUUUUAAAAAACACAAAGCUAAAUGUUAUAAUAAAGGUUUACUACUCUGGGAGUAGCAACCCUAUCUGUCUGCUAUAUUGUCAUGUUGCUAUCUUGCUACAUUUUUAUGCAGCUUUAAUGGCAAACAGCUGUUUUAAGUGGAGUAGUUCCCUUAACCAAGUAAAACGUGUUCCUAAAUCUCCCAAGUGCCUUCCCCAUCUUCACACACUCCAUUGAAGCGUGCCACUUAAAAUUAGUCUGAUGCCUGCAAAUUACCUUUUAUGGUAGAGAGAGGAGUGAGGAUCAACACCACAAGGCUUCAAUUCCACGUAAAUGAAUCCCGAGGUGGCACUGAGGUCAGAGAACGGAAAAUUGAAAAAAGUGGAGAUAUUUAAACAGCUUUUGUAUCUUGCUUUAGGGCUUGCUUUAAAUUAAUUAAAUGAAAAAUGUAGGCUUUGAGUCUCUGCGUAUUUGCAAGUUAAUGAUUUUCAUUUUCAUAAAGAUUAUGUAUUAAACAUUUUUUUGAUUAUA